CCCCUUUUCCAUUAGCCUCAUCUCACGAUUCAACGUCCCCUAUUUAAUUCCUUCACCUUCCCAUCUAACUCUCUAACCCUCCCCAUAUAUAUAUAUUUGCCUUUAAAUCUUCUUCACUAUAUAGUAAUCUCAUUUCUUCAUCUCUAAGAGUUUACCGAUACAUAUAUGUAACAUCUUCAAUCUUUGUUUCCCAAAAUUACCAUGCCAAAGCCAUUCCAUUUGUUGGUCUUCUUCCUUGUUGCUCUUUGUCUAUGCACCAGUUCAAAUGCCAGCAGUACUACCAAUGAGUUCCUUGAAACUGAGUGCUUGAAAGUACCAGCAACUGAGUUUAUAGGCUCUUUGAAAACCACCAUUGAUGCUAUUCGAAAAGCUACCUCCGUUGUUUCUCAAUUUGGAGGCUUUUUUCAUGAUUUUCGUCUCUCUAAUGCCAUUUCUGAUUGUCUUGAUCUGCUUGACUCUUCUGCUGAUGAACUAAGUUGGACCAUGUUUGCUUCCCAGAAUCCUAAUGCUAAAGAUAACAGUACUGGUGAUCUAAGUUCUGAUUUAAGAACAUGGUUAAGUGCUGCAAUGGUUAACCAACAGACAUGCAUUGAUGGGUUUGAAGGUACAAAUAGCAUGGUCAAAACUGUAGUAUCCGGUAGCUUGAACCAAAUCACUUCACUGGUUCGUAAUCUUCUCAUCAUGGUGCACCCUGGUCCUAAUUCCAAGUCCAACGGUACCCGUAAUGGCAGCCAAAAAGGUGGUGGUGGUGGGGGUCAUCCAGGCCAGAACCGGUUUCCGGUAUGGUUCAAAAGGGAGGAUCGGAGAUUGUUGCAAAUAAAUGGGGUAACAGCAAAUGUUGUGGUGGCAGCAGAUGGGAGUGGGAAUUUCACACGCAUAAUGGAUGCUGUGGAGACAGCACCAGAUAAGAGUUUGAACAGAUAUGUUAUUUACAUUAAGAGGGGUUUAUAUAAAGAGAAUGUGGAGAUCAAGAAGAAGAAAUGGAACCUUAUGAUGAUUGGUGAUGGAAUGGAUGUCACUGUAAUAUCUGGGAAUCGUAGCUUCAUUGAUGGAUGGACCACAUUUCGAUCUGCAACAUUUGCUGUAAGUGGAAGAGGGUUCAUAGCAAGAGACAUAACAUUCGAGAACACAGCAGGUCCCCAAAAGCACCAAGCGGUAGCGUUACGGUCCGACUCGGACCUCUCAGUUUUCUUCCGAUGUGCAAUCAAGGGAUACCAAGACUCGCUCUACACCCACACGAUGCGUCAAUUCUACCGGGAAUGUAAGAUCACCGGCACUGUAGACUUCAUAUUCGGCGACGGCGCCGUUUUGUUCCAAAAUUGCCAAAUCUUAGCCAAGCAAGGCUUACCAAACCAGAAAAAUACCAUCACCGCGCAAGGUCGCAAAGACCCGAACCAACCAACUGGCUUCUCCAUCCAGUUCUGCAACAUCUCGGCCGAUACAGACUUAUUACCUUCAGUUAACUCCACUCCUACAUACUUGGGAAGACCAUGGAAACUAUAUUCAAGGACCAUUAUCAUGCAAUCCUACAUUAGUGAUGCCAUAAGGCCACAAGGGUGGCUUGAAUGGAACCAAGAUUUUGCCUUGGAUACAUUAUACUAUGCCGAGUACAUGAAUAAUGGGCCAGGGGCUAGCCUUAGUGAGCGAGUUAAGUGGCCUGGUUACCAUGUUUUAAAUAACUCAGCUCAAGCUGUUAAUUUUACAGUAGCUCAAUUCAUUGAAGGAGACUUGUGGUUGCCGUCAACUGGUGUUAAAUACACUUCAGGAUUUGGGGUAUAAAUAUAUAAAUAUAACUUUAUUUAUGUAUUUUCCGUCAA